AUGGACGAUUAUAUGUUUAAGACGUAUGUGGGGAGGUGUAAGAGCAUUGUAGAGGCUACUACGUAUCUUGAGAUCUUUACUUAUUCGGAUCCGGCGUUCGAUACUAUCGAGGAACAUCCGUUGACGCCUGAUGAGUUUGAGAAUUAUUUACACCAACGAGGGGCUUUUGUGCCCGCGAAAGUACCAGCUGGAGUUACCAGAACAUCAGCUAUACGAUUAGUACUACAACAAAACGCAAAGCACCCACAUACGUUUACCCCCGAUGUUUUAUCUUUUACUCAUCGAGAGUAUACCUCGAUGGUAGAGACAAUGAAUCUCCCAUAUCGAACCAUCGAAAGUAUCAGCGCAGUCGGUCCCUUCUUCUGGUCAGCAUGGGAUCAAAACGAAGAAGAUCCACAUCUUCAAAUCGUCUACCGCAAAUCCGACGUCCGCAAAAAAGGCUACACUCGCGGUUGGGAACUCACCCUCUCACACUCCAUAAACUCCACCCUCACCACCGGCUUUUGCAAAGGCACCCCCUCCUCCGACAUAGUAGAAUGCAUCAAACACCUCAAAGCCUGUUCCUCCCAGAUCUUCCACCCCUUACUCCUCCCCACCAUAAUCUUCUCCCACGACAUCUCCUUCAAAACCGAGAUCAAGCAACGCGACGCACGUGACUGGCUCCGCCGCCUCGAACACGCCGUCUCCAUGCGCUCCGAGAUCCAAGAGCAGGAGGGCUACGUGAGUAAAGAUGGGGUCGUGGAUCUCGAUGCCGUGAAUAGGGAUUUAGUCGAGUGUCAUAGUCAGGUGUUGUGGAAGCGACCGAAGGCGUAUCUGGAGAUCAUCGAUGGGAUAGAGAAGUCGAUGGAGAAAUUCAGGGAUAAGUUGCCGGAGAGGAGGAGGGGGAGGGAGAUGAGACAGUUGCAUGCUAGUAUGCUUGCGAGGUUGGAUUUUUAUAAGAUUAAGUUGCAGGGCAUUGAUAGUUAUGCGUAUACGACAUUGCAGAGAUUGGAUAUUCAGAGGAGUGCUCUCUACAACAUCAUCGCCCAAAAAGAAUCAAAACUAAACUUCCAAAUGGCCGGCGAACAACGCAAGCUCGCGCACGCCUCCACGCGGGACUCCUCGGCCAUGAAAACCAUCUCCCUCCUCGGCGCCAUCUUUCUCCCAGGCGCCUACCUCGCCGCCGUCUUCAGCAUGACCUUCUUCAACUGGUCGCCGGACCCCGGUCAACCCAUCGUAUCCGCGCAACUCUGGAUCUACUUUGCGUGGACGAUCCCCGUGACGAUGGUGAUCGUGGGCGGGUGGUGGUUGUGGGAGAAGAGGAGGGAGCGGAUUUAUGAUCGCGAGGAUCGAGAUUUGGAGAAGGGGAGUGAGGAGAUGGAGGGGAAUAUUAUGGCGACGAUGAGGAAGAGGACAAUGAGUAAGGCAAGUACGUGGAAUAAUGGGAAGAUGGAGGGGAAGGGGGGGAAGGAGCAGAAGGAGGCGUGA